ACAUUCCAGCGGCGGCGGCGCGACAAGGACGGCGCGACCAAAGUGAGAGAGAGAGAGAGAGAAGAGCGAGACGGCGCAGCGCUCGCGACUAUCGAUUCCCGCGGCCGAAGAUUGCCGAGGAGGUGUGCGUUCACGCUCUAAUCCGCGCUCUCUGGAGCUGCUGCUGCUGCUGUCAUCAGUGACGUGUGGAGUCGAGACGCCCUGUUGCCAGAGCUUCGACACAACCCGGACAGCUAACCGACUACGACGAUACGGAGCUGCUGAACGAGCCUCGUCUCCUGUGUGUAUAGCUGCGUGAGCCGUUGCAUCCGACUCUCGGCUCCUACUACUGCUCUGUCGUCCCACGGCAGGAAUAAUCGGCGCGGAUUAAUAUUAGGCGGUGCAAGAGUCGAGAGAGGGAGCGAGCAAGAGCGAGACAGCAGCGAGCGGAUCGAUCGCGGCUCUGUACAGUAGUCGUCGCUCUGUUCUGCAAAGAAGAGUUCUGCGAGAGCCUAACCUUGAAGAGGCUGCUGCUGUUGCUGCUGCUGAGCCUAAGAUGCAGCUGUCAAGCCAGCGACCCUUCUGAAAAGCGGAAAGUCGAGGGAGUGUACAGAAGGAUUUUCGAGGAGAUUGACACUUUGCUGGCGCUCCGAGGAUCGCCCGGACGCCCGAGACAGAGCUUGAACAGCCAACUGCAGCAGGAUGACCAGUCCAAUGACUCCGGGCACUGACCCAUGGGUGAUUCAAAUGCAUGAGAGAGCUCGAUACCAACAACAAUUUGAUUCGCUCAAACCUACAAAUGGAGUCAUCACUGGAGUACAAGCGAAAGACUUUUUCUUAAAGUCACAACUUCCUCCUCUAGUACUUGGGCAAAUAUGGGGCUUAUCAGAUACAGACUCGGAUGGAAAAAUGAACAUCAAUGAAUUCAGCAUUGCAUGUAAACUCAUCAAUUUGAAGUUACGAGGUUUUGAAGUGCCAAGUUCUUUACCUCCAUCUAUGAUUCGAAGUUUACAAGCUUUUGCUGCUGUUAAUCAAGGUGUAACUAGUCCCGUAGCAGUCUCACAAAUACCACCAGUAUCUCCAGUUCCAAAUAUUGCCAGUGUUCCAAGACCUGUAGCAGCAGCAAUGCCAGGAGCUAUGCCAACAACUGUCCCAGGAGUAAUACCAACAGCUAUACCAGCAGCUAUACCAAAAAUUGGACCUCCAGUUGUCCCACCAAUGACAAUGCCAGUCGCAUCACAACAAUGUAGACAGCCUGUAGCUGCGAACACACGCCCAUCAAAGCCUGCUCGACCACCACCUUGUAAAGUUGGAGACCCCACUGCUAAGAUCGAAAGUGGUGCUAUUCCGCAAAGACCUACACCUCCUGACAGUAUCGGGGCUGGAUUUGUACCGACGACUGGUCCACCACCAAAGCCGCAACCUCCAUCGUUUCCAAAUAGUCCAGUAGCUGCAUCACCUCUUAAUCCUGGUGUACCGCCUAUGAUUCCACCUGUUCAAAUGGUUCAGCCAAUAACAUCAUCAGCUUCUAACAUGGAUUUAUUCGAUCUUUUAAUGUCGGAAGGUAUGCCUCCAAUCGCACCAGUAGCGCCGAUUGCUCCAUUAAACACAGCACCAGUACCAACAGCAGCCUUCAGCAUGGGCCAGACAGUCCCAAUGCAAGCUAUGUCAUCAGGAAUAAUACCUCCAUUAGCUACCGGCGCUACUACAGUACCAUCCAUUGUCCCAGUGGUUGCAAAUGAUAUUAGUUAUGCUAAUGGGAUGGUAGGAAUAACAGGAAUCGCACCUACUAUAACGCCACCAGUGACUCCAAUACCAGCAAGUAAUAUUGCCAUGAACGGUAGUAUUAUACAUACUCCAGUAUCCACAAGUACACCUCUAAGCACAACUGCCAGACCUCCUAGCAUAGAUAGAGUUGGGUCUGUAGACUCCCAGCACAGUCAGCAUUCCGUCGGCUCACCGCAGGCCGUCGAAUGGUCCGUACCGCAUCAAACAAAAUUGAAAUAUACUCAACUUUUUAAUACGUGGGAUAGAACAAGGUCUGGCUUUUUAUCUGGUCCUCAAGCAAGGAAUAUUAUGGUACAGUCGCAGCUACCUCAGGGUAUUCUUGCACAAAUAUGGGCUCUAUCUGAUAUGGAUUCUGACGGUCGAUUAGGCUGUGAAGAAUUUGUUCUAGCGAUGCAUUUAUGCGAUAUGGCAAAAGCUGGCGAAGUUAUUCCGACAGCUCUUCCGCUUGAUCUUAUUCCACCAACAUUUAGAAGACAACGGCAAAGCUCUGUUUCUUCGCAAGGUACUGCUGACAACAUUGACCCAUUGGCUGGAAUGCCACAGACUUCAUUUGAAGAUAAGAGGAAAGAAAACUUUGAUAAAGGUCAGGCAGAAUUAGAAAGAAGAAGAAAAGCGUUAUUAGAAGUUCAACGAAAAGAACAAGAAGAAAGAGAGAGGAAAGAAAGAGAGGAAGCUGAAAAACGAGAGAAAAUAAGAUUAGAGCAAGAAAGACGGCGCCAAGCUGAGCUAGAACAGGCAAUGAUGAGACAAAAAGAAAUCGAAGAAGAAAAAGAAGAACAACGAAAACGAGCUCAAGAACAAAGAGAAGCUGCAAGAAAGGAAAUGGAAAGACAACGUCAAUUAGAAUGGGAGAAACAAAAGUCCCAGGAGUUGCAAGCCCAACGCCAAAAGGAACAGGACAUUCUCCUAAAACUUAAAGCAAAGAACCAGUCAUUAACAAUUGAACUUAGCUCACUGAAUGAGAAAGUCAAGGAAUUGUCUCAGAAAAUUUGCGACACGCGCGUUGGUGUGUCUACGAUUAAAACGACGAUUGACGGUAUGCGAACAACUCGCGAUCAACAAUUACAAGAAAUGGCAGCGUUGAAAAACAAAUUGCGCGAGCAGAAUCAGCGGUUACUUACUAUCAGCCAAGAAAAAGCAAGACUUGAUGCGAAAACGAAAGCGAACGCAGACCCAGCUGGCCAGGAAGCUCAAAAAUUAAAGCAGAUUGCUUUAAAACAAAUGGAAGACAAGAUUGCAGAAAUGGAAAAAGAAAUCAAAGACAAGGAGAAAGAAGUCGAGAACAGCAAUAAACAACUAGAGGAGCUACAAAACCAAAUGGAGGUGAUGUUUACGAAUUGCGAAGAACUGAAUGCAAAGUUUGAGGAGAAAAAAGCUAAGGUUUUAGAGAUGCGACAGAGUUCCAACCCGGCAGCUUUCGCAACUGCUGCAUGGGGAGACGAUGCUUGGGGCGACUCGGGCGGCAACGAAGUUGACGUCGACUCAUGGCCUACAGAUGAAGCGGCAUCAGUACCAGCAACAACCGAAAUAUCGACCGCUGUGAAGAAGUACAGGGCGCUUUACGAAUUUGUUGCAAGAAACCAGGACGAAAUCUCGUUUCAACCUGGCGAUAUUAUUAUUGUUCCUCCUGUACAAAACGCAGAACCUGGAUGGAUGGCGGGAGAGAUACGAGGUCACACGGGCUGGUUUCCAGAAUCUUAUGUUGAACCUAUUGAUGUUGGUACAAGUAUGCCUGUGGCUGGUGAUGCCUUUACACAUCAAGACAGCAUAGAGAAACGAAUGCUAGAAGGAAUUGCGGAAGUUCCCGAAAAUGUAUCGGACGCUGGUUCGGCGGUAGGCGAGGGUCCGUAUGUUGAACCAAUUACACCAAAACUGGGAGAAGGCCAAUUAUGUAACAUUACGGCAACAACUUUGUACCAAUACCGACCGACUCUCGAACAACAUCUUUCUUUCGGUAAAGGCGAGACUGUGACAAUUAAAGAACAACAGGACGUCUGGUGUUAUGGCGAAUCAAGUACUGGCACUGUAGGCUGGUUCCCGAAAUCCUAUGUUAAAAUGGAUGUAGCGAAUGGUCAAGCUGCCACGACGGCUCCUACUGGAGAUGGUCUCAAUGAAUAUUACAUUUCGUUGUACCAAUACGCAUCCAACGAGGCAGGUGAUCUCAACUUUAAUCAAGGCGAAGUCAUGCUCGUUAUCAAGAAAGAUGGAGACUGGUGGACAGGCGUCAUCGGAGACAGGCAGGGUAUAUUCCCGUCGAACUAUGUGGAGAAAUACGACGUGCCAGUCCAGACCACCACAACUCAGGAAGCACCUGCAGUAAUAAAUAAACAAGAUGGAUUGAAUGAAGCCGCCGAUAAAACGCAAGACAAACCACAGGUGCCACAGGAGAAAACAAUUGAACAGCUUGAAGAAGAGAGAGCUGAGGCGGAAGAUAGGGCAGAAUUACCCGAUUUUGCAGCCAUGUCUGCACAGCAGUACCCAAAGAGAGGACGAAAACCGGAAAUCGUGCAAGUUAUUGCCCCCUACAAGGCAACAAGUGUGGAACAACUAGAUCUACAAAAGGGCCAGCUGAUAAUGAUUCGCAAAAAGACGGAGUCUGGAUGGUGGGAAGGUGAAUUGCAGGCUCGCGGUAAGAAAAGACAAAUCGGAUGGUUCCCAGCAUCGUAUGUAAAGCUUCUCACUAGCAGUAGUAAUCGCAGCACGCCAGUAUCCCAUCGGUAUCAAGAUUCACCAACAAUGGAUCCAUUUGCUGAAAAAGUGAUGGCAAUGUAUCCAUAUAAGGCACAAAAUGACGAUGAACUUAGUUUCGAAAAGGGAGACGUAAUUGUUGUUUUGACUAAAGAUGAAGAUUCAUGGUGGAAAGGCGAAUUGAACGGACAGUCUGGAGUAUUCCCUAGCAAUUACGUGACGCCAAUGUCGGACGAAGAAUCGGACGACAUGCCCAACCCGAGGGCUCGGCUCAACCAAAUGGCUCAACACAACCAGAUGGCUCAACUCAACCAGAUGGCUCAACUUAACCAGGCGGUUCGAUUCGAUGCUAUGGAAAGAAGGAGACAGGAAUAUAUCAAGGAGCUCAUUGUCACCGAGGAGGCCUACAUCGUCGAUAUGCAGCUGGUUCAUGAGGUCUUUGAGAAGCCACUUCUAGCCAGCAUGGUCCUGACGGUGGAUGAAGUCGAGAAGAUCUUCAUUAACUGGAGAGACAUUAUCGCCUGCAACGACAACUUUCUCAGAACGUUGAGGAUAAGGCGAGACAACAGCGAAAGUGGAAUCGUUAGGAUGAUCGGUGACAUUCUCUGCGAAAGCAUUCCACGUAUGUCCGCCUACGUGAGGUUCUGCAGUUGUCAAAUAACGGCCGCCGUGUAUCUUCAAAGACUGACAGAGAGUAUGCCGGCUUUCGUCGAGGUAGCCCAAAGGUGCCAACAAGAUCCUCGGACCAAAGGCAUGCCACUCAGCUCUUUCCUCAUUAAACCCAUGCAGCGAAUUACCAAAUAUCCCUUGAUUAUUGGCAAGAUACUGGAAUAUACGCAUCCAGGUCAUCCUGAUAGACAGUAUUUACAAGAAGCGUUAGCGAAAGCCGAAGAAUUUUGCACGCAGGUAAACGAAGGCGUUCGAGAAAAAGAAAACAGUGACAGGCUCGAAUGGUUACAGUCGCAUGUCGCCUGCGAUGGCCUCGAGGAGCAGAUAGUCUUCAACUCACUUACGAAUUCUCUGGGGCCGCGUAAAUUGGUACACUUCGGAAUUCUGCACAAAGCCAAAAGUGGCAAGGAAUUAGUGGGAUUUCUCACUAACGACUUCCUGCUGUUUGCCCAACCGAUGAAGUCCAUACCCAGUGGUCAGCAGUUCUCUUUCGAAAGGAAUGAGCAUCAAAAAUUCAAAUUGUAUAGAAGGCCUAUAUUCCUGCAAGACUUGGUAUUGUUCAACGAAACAGAGAUGAAUGGCAGCAUGAGCGCGACGUCAAACGGUGGCAGCGACAGUUCAACCGAACACUCGCGCACUCUCAAACUCAGUGAUUCGAAGAAGGCUAUAACCCUGCUGGCACCGUCGGUGAGUGAGUGCUCGCUCUGGGUUAGACGAAUCACCGAAGCCCGCCGUCAAUUCGCCGAGAACGAGAAGUGCCGGUUGCUGAGACAGCGCUCGAAACAGGCGCAAUUCAAAGCAUGUGGACGCAUUCUCGUGACAGUGCUCGAAGGAUCCAGCCUGAGAGCUACGACUGGGAAAUGCAAUGCGUUUUGCAAGGUUUCCAUGGGCUCACAAGAAGAACAAACAAUCGUCGUUUCAGGCACAGACUGUCCAUUAUGGAAUACCUCUAUGCAGUUUCAAGUCAAAGAUCUGCAUGAGGAUACACUGUGUAUUACUAUUUUUGAUAAGGGAUAUUUUAGUCCAGACGAGUUUCUCGGCCGAGCGGAAGUUCGGGUAGUUGAUAUAGUAAGAGAUAGUACGGAUGCUUGUGGUCCCAUCACAAAGCGAAUUAGGCUACGAGAAGUCGACAGAGGAGAUGUAGUUUUAAAAUUAGAUCUUCGUCUUUUUGGCAGUAAAUAGUGCAAAAUGACGUUUUACAAAAAAAUGCAUAAUAGAGUAUACAAAAAAUUCCUAUUUAAAUCGACAAUCUGAUUUUUCAGUCUUUUAGUAUACAUACGUAAGAAAGCAUUAGUAUUAUAAAAAAAGAUAAAGUACACAACCAUACAUUUCCAUUAGAUCAUAGUAUUUGUAUUGUAAAUGUGACUGCGCAAUCAAGGUUGGUUGCGCGCGUGUAGUCUGUAGUUUUGUAAACUAUAUUUUAUUGUUUACUUGAACAAAAUGUUGGGAAAUAUUUUCCUGUUUGAUUAUAAAAUGGUAUUGUAUUGUUUAUAACUUUAUUACGAAUUUAUAAUUAUUGUUAUUUUGCUAUUGCAAAUGCUCUCUUUAUCACGUCAAGAUUAAAUUAUUAAAUAAAAAUUAUUAAAAAAUA